GACUGUGGGACCUCAGACUAUAUGUGCCGACCCAUUCUACGCAUCUCACCCUUUUGACUUUUCAUCAUAUUAAACACGUGAAAUUCACGUGCCUAAAGCUAAAAUACGCCGUCUAACCCACGCGUGCGCCGCAAACGACACCUGCAACCAGAAACGGUGAAAGGCAAAACCAAAAAAAAGAAUAGAAACAAAACACAAUGAGAAGUACGCAAAAUGUUCGGUGCGCAGGUUAAUCCCUUACACACAGCAGGUGUACUCUAUCCUCCAUCGCAUCCUCACAGAAAAUAAAAACUUACUCGGAGAAAGAAAAGGGCAAGAAAAUCUCGUGAUUUUUGUACAUGCAACAUGUGGGGUACGUGAAUAUACAUAUAUUAAGAUAAAUAUAUUAAAAAAGGAGGAGGAGGAGGAGGAGUGUGUUUUUAGUGUGCGUUAGUAGUAAGUGGUGGCGUUAGUGAAGAAGAAGAAGAUGACGACGACGAGGCAGGUGGUGAAGGUGGAAAGGGAGAAGCUAGAGACAUGCAUGACUUGUCCUCUUUGCAAUAAACUCUUUAGAGACGCUACUACCAUCUCUGAAUGUCUUCACACCUUUUGCAGAAAAUGCAUUUACAGGAAGAUAACUGAUGAAGAGUUCGAUAAUUGUCCAGUGUGUAACAUCGAUUUAGGGUGUUCUCCACUGGAGAAGCUCAGGGCAGACCAUAGUCUAGAAGAUCUGAAAACCAAAUUCUUCCCUUCCAAAAGACAGAAGGCUAAGGCUCCUGCAGUUAUGCCCUUGGUCCCGGAACCUGUUCCUUCAGUCUUAUUACCUGCCAGAAGAAAGGAGAUUUCUCUUUCUUCAUUGGUAGUCAGCACACCUAAAGUAUCAUCAAAGUCUGUUCUGCCUAGAAAACGAUUAAAAGCUAUUGCUAGGAAGAAUCCUGCUUUACGAGAAUCUAUUCUCAUUGAGGAAUCUAUUAAGAAACUGGAUAGGUUGCAUGAGAGUUUAAGCUCGCCUGAGACUAUAACCAAAAUUGCUCAAAGCAUAAGGCAGAAUUCAUCUCCUGACUCAUCUAAACAGCACAAGAAAGAAAAGGAUGCAGAGGAUAGUGCUGAGCCAUGUGAAAGCAAAGCUGAUUUGUGGAAACCCUUAAAUUUCCUGGUUGAAGUGGCAAACAAAUCAAAGCUUACUAAGUUAAAUCCACAAGAUACUCUAGUCCAAAUGCAGCUGCCUGAUCCUGCAGAGAAUGAACCUGAUGAAGUUGUUAAAAAUAAUGAUGAUCAUGGUAACAGAUCGAAAGCCAAUGGCAAUGCAAAUGAAUUGGUGCCAUCACCAUCAAAAAGUUCAGUUAAAACUAGAAAGUCGCAAGGCCUACGGCAAAGAAGAGCAGCUGAGUUGGAGGGGUCGACUGUUCCAGCAAAAGCUGUUACUGAUGCAAGCAGUAAAUGUUGUGGGGAAUUUAGUCCAAUUUGGUUCUCAUUAAUUGCCUCUAAUGAUCAGAAGGUAGAUGCACCAUUGCCACAGAUAACUUCAUGUUACUUGAGGGUCAAAGAUGGCAGUUUACCUGUUUCAUUUAUUAAAAAGUAUCUGGUGCAAAAACUGGGGCUCAAUAGCGAGGCUGAGGUAGAGAUCGGGCUACAAGGAAAGCCAGUGGUCUCAACACUGCCGCUGCAGAACAUAGUAGACUGGUGGUUGAAGAUGGCACCAACAUCUGAAAGAAUACAGACAACUGUUGGUAGCUCAGCUAAAGACUUUGUUAUGGUUUUAUCUUAUGGCCGAAAAGCUCAGCCUCCAUGAACUUGUUUCUACAGUGGUCUCAGUCACCUCUUUGAAGAAAUAAAGAAAUGAUCUGAGAGAACAGAAGUAUUCUUUCUUUCUUUUCUUUCCCAGAUUUCAGUUGCAUGUAGCAAGUCCAUAUUUUUUAACACUUCCUUGAUGCACAUAGUACGUAGGAUAAGUUUUUUUGCCAAAUAUAAUAUGGGUGAUCAUCUUGGAUUU